UUUAUUUUAUUUUCUUUGAGAAAGCGCAAAACCCUAAAGUGUCAAAACCCACAGAGACCACGAAUGCCCAUUUCCGCUUGUUUACGCUUCGAGAGCAUUGCACAAAAAUGGUUGCACCAUUGCUAGCAGGCCUUGCUGUUGCAGCCGCCGCUUAUGCUGGCAAAUAUGGUGUUCAAGCUUGGCAGGCAUUCAAGACAAGGCCACCAAGACCUAGAAUGCGCAAGUUCUAUGAUGGUGGUUUUCAGCCUACUAUGAAUAGGAGGGAAGCAGCUCUAAUACUUGGAAUCAGAGAAAGUACUCCAUCAGAGAAGGUUAAGGAAGCACAUAGGAGGGUGAUGGUAGCCAAUCACCCAGAUGCUGGCGGUAGUCAUUACCUUGCAUCUAAAAUUAAUGAAGCAAAGGAUGUGAUGCUUGGAAAAACCAAGGGUGGGGGCUCUGCUUUUUAAUGGCGCUAACUGUUCCCAUAUAAGCAAGGCAAUUCUGCAGAAGUUUUAGUGAGUUUUUAGAGCCAUACAUGCUCCAAUUAGACAGUGUCAGUGUCACCUCCUUUUUUCCCAUUAGUCUUGGUGCAGCAGUAGGGGUGAUCAAGAUAUUUAGAGCAUAAAUUGUUCAUUGCUUGAUUCUUUUAUAACCCUCUAGUAGUUUCACAAUAUUUGGAAGAAGAAAAAAAUGUAAUUCAUUUUGGUGACAAUUAGGGAAACUCCAUUGAAAUUCGGUGUUGAUGACCAUGAGAGUAGGAGGAUUAUAUUUGAUGGCAAUAAUUAUGCAAUCCUCACCUAAUUUUGGGUCAUAGGCUCUUCUUUUGUACACCAGAUGUUAAGACUGCCCUUCUCCUAUGAUACUCUUGGCGGUGUUUAUAUGUUCAAGCGCAAAAACUAAUAGCUCGUUAUUUAUU